GUAAUGGUAAUGGGUGCAAUGGGAGAGAUCUUGACUUCGUUGUGAUUUGAUGAUUGGCUUUUGAUGUAAGUUGUAGGAUGAAUUCUGCAAUUUUCGAUUGAUGAUCAUCAGGUGGUAACGACAGGUGAUCUGGUGUUAACUGGUGUUAACUGCUGUGAUGGUGGCUGCACUUUGUUUAUGUUUAUUCGAAUUGGAUUGUUAUUGAUUUACCCCUUCAAACAGCAAGUGCGAGUAUGGAUCCAGUAGUGAAGGCCCAAUCGUCGUCGUCCCUGAAGGGUGGGCCGUCAAAGGUGAGGAAGGGAGCUCUGGGGCCCAAGUUUGAAUUGACUGAAGAACAGAAGACCGACAUCAGAGAGGCCUUCCACCUGUUUGACACCGAGGGUGUGGGUAAGAUAGAUGUGAAAGAGCUGAAGGUGGCUAUACGGGCGCUGGGGUUUGAGCCCAAGAAAGAGGAGAUUAAGAAGAUGAUCUCUGAGAUUGACCACGAAGGCUCUGGCAAGUUGUCCUUUGAUAACUUCCUCACACUGAUGUCCAUGAAGAUGGCUGAGAAGGAUUCCAAAGAGGAGAUCAUGAAGGCGUUCAGGCUAUUCGACGAAGACGAGACAGGUCGCAUCACCUUCGACAAUCUGAAGCGCGUCGCCACCGAGCUCGGAGAAAACCUCACCGAUGAGGAGCUGCAGGAGAUGAUCGAAGAAGCGGACAGGGAUGGGGACGGGGAGGUGACCCAAGAGGAUUUCCUGCGGAUCAUGAAAAAGACUAGCCUAUAUUAGAGAACACCAUGUUCGUAUACCUCAUCGCCAAUUUUCUCUACGCGAUCUUCCUGUGUUUCUUUAUUUAUUUUAUACUAUUCUUUUUCAAGUUCCUCGCCUACUGCUGGUGCGGGAAAUAACGCGAAGUAGAAAGAAAAAAA